AUGCCGUCGUAUCGUGACGAACGCAUCACUGGGUGGACGAACGAAACGGACAGCCGGCCGAUGGCAGUCACUCACUCACUACCUCACUCUGGCGGCGUCGUGCAUCGUCGGCAGGGUUCACAACGAUCGCCCCGUCAAAGAGGAGUGCCCUGCCCCAUCAGCAAAGACAGCUGGUCGUCUGACCUCAGAACGAGCCUCGUUAAACAUCCGCGUUGGUGGGUAAAAACUGCAACGCGUGGUACUCGGCGAGGUUCACCGCGCAUCCUCCGUUCACGCUGCCAUCCGUCCGUCCACGACGUGGUCGGUGCACUGAAACUCAGUCUCGACUGCCCAAGGCCCCUUUCGCAACAUCGUAACCAGAACGAGAGCAGCAAGUGGCAGUCGCCGUUUUUCGGUCGACUUUUUAGUGAACACGCCGCCUAUUGA